AAAAAAAGAUAAAACGUGUGGAUCAUACGUGGUUCAGAGAGAACGAAAAUACAAAUUAUCGAAGACCGAUAAUGUUUCCCUAUGAUGAUCACAUAACUGAAUAUAUUCAAAUCAAGUUGAGCGAUAAGCAAAAUGCUCUUCUUGAUAAAAACCGUCAAGAAUUUCUUAAGCAGCAUAAAUUUGUUCUCAAUAAAGCUAAUAAUAUCAUCGAAGAAAUCGCCAAAGAAUAUUUACUCGAAUUACUUUACUCUGAAGCAAAAUUAGCAAAUAUUAAAUUUAAGAACGGUUAUUCAUUUGAUUUACGCA